AUUUUGCUAUAGGUACGGCACUCCAUGGAUGACACAGGAAACGAAAAUCUGGCCAGAUAGGAGCCUUGGCAGAGAGCCUUGUGGCAGAGAGCCUUGGCAGAGGAUGUACUACGGUGCUACCGUGACCAAGUCCUGGCAAUCAUUCGACUGGCCCGCCCCUGGCCCGCCUGCUACAUCACCAUUGAUCGCAAAUGUGGUACCGUCGAGGGACCUUUCUUGCUUAGAUAGAUGGCAGCGGCCGGAUCAUACGUGCACAUUGAGUACGCCACCGCUGCUGAGCUGGUUGACAGGCUGAAGGCAGGGCCAGCCGACCCGGCCGCAAGAGAUUUUGUGGUGGUCGAUGUCCGGGACGAUGAGCGCGAGUACGACGGGCACAUAGCUGGGUCCCUCCACUUUGCAAGUGCUGAGUUUGACGACACAUUGCCCCGUUUGUGGCCAGCCAUCAGGGGGAAGAAGGCUGUCAUCAUGCACUGCGCGCUCAGCCAGGUCCGCGGGCCCUCGUGUGCCCGCAAGCUCCACAGGCAACUCGAAGCUCUGGCCAGUCAAGACAAGUCCCAGCGAGAUGCUGCGCCUGAACUGCCGACGAUCUUUGUGCUUGAACGAGGCUUCAAUGGGUGGGCGGCUGGUGGUAAGCCCGUCUGCCGGUGCGGGGACAUGGUGUGCAAGCAGUCAGUCCAGUGGCCUUGGUGAGGGGAAUCAAGACCCACUUAGGAUGGGAGUUAAUUCUGCUCGCAUGUGAGAACUAAGCACCACUAUAGGGCACAGUCCGUUGAUGAGCUCAUCUAAGAGCCCAUUUUGUAUACUGUUAUGGAAGACUAGCUCGUUUUCCGUUUCCGGUCACAGCCACAGAAAGCAGGUCAGGCAGAGAUACUUCAAAGUACCUCUGCAGACAACCAAGAUGUCAAGAGCUAGCACAGGUGGUGCUAGUCGACGAGCAAGUGGUUAGCUAGACUCGAGAUUCCGGGCUGCUUAAAGUAAUCGAGUCGCAUUUGCAGUCUAGAGGUACAGGACGCAGCCCAGAUUUGGCACAGGUCUCAUCUAGGCUGCUGCGAAGGACUGAGAUCAAUAAGUAGCCGACAGCAAGGCAGGCCCAAGGCUGGACCUACUCAUUGCGAUAUUUGAUGUCUCGAGUUGCAGUGAACCGAUGAGCAGGGCCUACAUGUUACUAAUGGCGUGCGCGCUGGGAG